AUGGAUUCAACCCCACUCGCCCGCCUCCCUCAGGACUGCUGGAUACAGAUACUAGAGUAUCUGCCAAAACAAGAUUUGAAUAAUCUGUCACGAGUUUCCCACGACACUCGUGCCUCAGCCGAGCCUUUCCUGUAUCGAUCAAUCCACUGGAACUGGAAGAAUCCCCCGGUCCACAAAAUCUUGCUCCUCCUCCGGACUAUCUCCGAGCGACCAGAGUUGGCUUACUACAUCUGGCAUGUCAGUUUGGUAUGGUGGGACGUGGAAUCCCAGGGAAAAGCGCUUUCCAUCCCCAAAGGAGAGGGUAACUGGACCAAGAUGAUGCUACAGUUUAGGCCCACUUUGAGAUGGGCCCGGAAGGUUGUUCGAGACGCAAAAGUCUCGGCAAAACUCGACACCAAAUGGCUCGGACGACUGUUUGAUGGAGACGCCUAUGCCUACGCUACACUGCUGGUAUCGCUACUUCACAACCUUCGCAGCCUUCGGCUGGACUUUUCAUUCCUGCUUGAAGGGGGCUUCCCAGGGGAGAUAUUGCAUCAUUCUCUCUUCGGCAACGCACCCCGCAUAUUAAGUCGCUUCUCAAAAUUAGAAAUGGCCGACUAUGGAAGCAAUUUUCCUCUCAAAGAAUUCCCCGGCGGUAUCAGAAUCGGCAGGACCCAUCAAUUCAUCCCCUGGUUCCACCUUCCUUCCUUGAAGGUUCUCGAGAUAUGGCUCUAUAGUGUGGAGGGAAUCUACAUCUUUCCUGGACAGAUGCCGAAAAAAUCCUUGAAUUUGUCAAACCUGCGCAGUCUUGUUAUUGCCAAGACACAUGUUUUGCCUGAGGACAUUGCCACAUUGCUGUCUCAUGUGCCAUAUCUGGAGUCCUUACAUGUGGGCAUGGCCUACAAAUGCCGAGCAACAGCCGAGUUUCUCAGGAAGCCUGAGCGCCUCCUUCGUUCCUUAGAAACUUCGGGUCAAGCAAUCAAACAUCUUUCUAUCAGCAUGGAGCUUCUUCCAUGUUGUGCAGAGACCUUCCAUGUACAGGCGAUGAAUGAAGCUGGUAAGCCUUUUCGUGGCAUUUUGAAGAAGUUUCCCAACCUGAAAACGGCAUCUUUGCCGCUCCACUUUCUCAUCGGUUGGGGUACAACGACCUACGAGCUUCGAGAUGUACUGCCAUCCACUCUCGAAGCCCUUCAUAUCAGGCCUGAUCUCUGGCGAACCUCACACCUAAUUGAAUUCGAAGUGGAAGCACUUAAGACAUUAGAGGAAUUCAUGAGACACAAAGAGAGUGGCUCCCAUCCUUCUCUUACAACUUUCUCCUACCAAGGACAGCAUGAUUAUGAUAGUGAUCUGCUCAUUGCUCUGGGCUUCCCUGUCGAUUUUAACUACAACUACUUGGUUAAGCGGGAAGCAAUGAAUCUCUUCUGUCGCAGGAAAAGGUACAAUCUGUUUUCUCGAUAUUCUGACUGCACACCUGGUUUCAUGUUGAGGAGUGUGACCUUGGUAAAGAACGUCGUUUACUGGUUCCCUUGGCCGUUCGUUAGGGUCGAUGAGCUCCCCGAAAGCAUGCCUAGACAUUUCAGAACCAACAUCGAUCACAUCAUCGGAUGGGGAGUCAACUGA